GCAGAUAUCGCCGCUAUACAACAUCCGCGGCCAGCCCCCAAAGUACUUAGCCAGCCGGAGAUAUCUGCUACCGAGUGAUUGAGCCCCCAGAGCAAGUUGGAAUCGACGCUGGCAAACAUGGUACCGGUAGAACUCGGGCGAACCAUUCAAGUCCCCAAAGCCCGGGAUGACCGACACGAUGUGCCAACAUCGUUGAACUACUACCCCAUUGAUGCUGGCCCCCCGAUACCUGUUACUGUGGGAAAGACUAGCGUCAAUAACAAGCGGCCGUCCGUAUCAGUCGAUGUCAUUGUGCAGGAUGUCUCCGGCCAUGAGGACCGAUUCACCCUCGACAAGAACGGGUUUCAGUUUGUCCAGCACACUAGCCGAGAGAAGGACUUUGACGACGAAGAACGAAUCACCGGGAUUUAUUAUUCUGAAGUGGAACAACUGCUUAAACAAGUCACUGGUGCCUCACGAGUUGUUAUUUUCAACCAUAGAGGACGCAGAGGACCAUCAGACUGGGCCAAGGCGGGGCUAGACAACCGCUUGAACGCAGGACCGCUCUUCAAAGUCCACAUUGAUCAGUCAUACGACGGCGCGGAGCUUCAAUUGCGGAAUGUACUUCCCGAUGAAGCGGAUGAGCUUUUGAAAGGCAGAUACCAGAUAAUCAACGUGUGGCGACCGAUCGAGACGGUACUCCGUGAUCCUCUUGCGAUCGCGGAUGCCUCGACUGUAUCGGACUCAGACCUUGCCCCGGCUGCUGUAAUCAAACCAGACUCGAGAUCUGAGACAUGGUCUGUGAAGCCCAACGCGGCCCAUCAGUGGUUUUAUAAAUACAGACAUGGACCAGACACGGCUGUACUCAUCAAGUGCUUCGACUCUGACACGUCUGUGGCAAGGCGUUCGCCACAUUCUGCUUUCAGUUUCAAGGACAAUGAGAAAGACCCAGAUAGGAAGAGCAUAGAGGUCCGAGCCUUAGUAUUCUACUCCUGA